CGCUGCGGUCCUUUCCCUCACGGACCCCGAGCGCCGGCGGCGGUUACAGGCGGAAGAAGUGGGAGGUGGGGAUAAGGAAGUUGUGAGGGAGUACUUUAAUAACUCGGGGUUCCAGAGGUGGAAGAAGAUUUAUGGAGAGACGGAUGAUGUGAACAAGGUGCAGCUUGAUAUCAGGCUCGGGCAUUCGAAGACUGUGGAGAAUGUGAUGAGGAUGUUGACGGAUGAGGGGUCUCUGAAUGGGGUGACUGUGUGUGACGCUGGGUGUGGGACUGGGUCUCUCGCGAUUCCCUUGGCAAAGGAGGGGGCUAUUGUGUCCGCCAGCGAUAUUUCAGCUGCUAUGGUGGCAGAGGCAGAGAAGCAGGCCAAAGAGAACUUAUCAGUAAGGGGUGGUGAUUUGGAGCCCGUGAUGCCAAAAUUUGAGGUGAAGGAUUUGGAGAGUUUAAAUGGAAAGUAUGACACUGUGGUGUGUCUAGAUGUUUUGAUACACUACCCGCAGAGUAAAGCGGAUGGGAUGAUUGCCCACCUGGCUUCAUUGGCUGAAAAGCGACUAAUUCUGAGCUUUGCUCCAAAGACAUUUUAUUAUGAUCUUCUAAAGAGGAUAGGAGAGUUGUUCCCUGGGCCAUCAAAGGCAACAAGAGCAUAUCUUCAUGCAGAAGCAGAUGUGGAGAGGGCAUUGAAUAAGGUUGGGUGGAAAAUAAAGAAGAGAGGUUUAAUAACUACACAAUUCUACUUUGCAAGGCUUGUUGAGGCUGUUCCUGCAUAGAGGGAGGAGAGAUAGAUUUCAGUUUGGUUUUAUUUUACUCGUUCUGUUUCUAGAAAUAUUAGCAAAUGCCCCAGGUUUCUUUGUAAAGCCCUUAUUUGUCUUCCAAUGCCUUCAUUAAUUGCUGUCAUACCUGUAUUGUACUUUAGA